CAGUGAGCCACCUUCACUGAAAAACGUGAACCACCAAGCGGAAAACGGACGGCCCAAAUGACUCUACCCCCAUCUUACGCAAUCGAAGACGAUACCCCACAUAGGCCGCGCUUGAAGGGAGGGAAUAUACCUCAAAAACUUCGAAAUCGAAAACCAUGGCUGCUUCGGGGCCUCUCCCGCUCUCCCCAUCCCUCGGCUCUUGUUACUCUUCACAUCAAUACCAGAAAUCUGCGAUUUUCCCACUCUCCUUUCAUCGCCGGAACCUUAUCCUUACCUCGAGUUUUUGUCGGCAUCGCAGAAUCGUCCCCUGCGUCCAUCGACCCCCGCAGCGGAGCUGCUAUGGUCGAAGAACUGUCCGUGCGGCCUAUGUCUCUGCUCCGGCCUCCGAACACGCCGCCGGCGAGGACAACGGCACCGGCCGCUCCGGGGAAACCAUUUCCGCGGCGCCGAUCUCGUCCUCCCUGCCGGUGAGCUGGGGCGUCAUCUGGCCUCUCCUGUCACAGCAGAAGCUGAGGAUUGUCCUGUCGUUGGCUUCACUCGUUGGCUGCACCACAUGUACUCUGGCGAUGCCCCUCUUUUCUGGAAAGUUCUAUGAAGUGCUCAUAGGGCGAGGAACAGGGACCUUUUGGAAUCUUGUCUCUAGAAUUGCUACUUUGUAUAUUUUGGAACCAAUUUUUACUGUUGUAUUUGUUAUAAACAUGACAAUUAUGUGGGAAAAGGUGAUGGCAAGCCUUCGGGGUCAAAUCUUUAAAAGGAUGCUGAUCCAAAAGGUGGAGUUUUUCGACCAGUAUAAGGUUGGUGAAUUGACAGGGUUGUUGACAUCUGACUUGGGUUCUCUAAAAGAAGUUGUUAGUGAAAACAUAUCAAGGGAUCGAGGCCUUCGGGCAUUCUCUGAGAUUUUUGGUACAAUAUGUAUACUAUUCUCACUGUCAACAGAGCUUGCUCCUGUCCUAGGGCUGCUGAUGAUGUCUGUGUCUAUUAUAGUAGCUAUAUUUAAGAGGUCAACCCUGCCCGUCUUCCAAUCCCAUGGAAUGAUUGAAGCAAGUAUUUCUGGCUGUGCAACUGAAACGUUUUCAGCAAUCCGUACUGUCAGGUCGUUUGUUGGUGAGAGAAGGCAAAUGUCGAUGUUUGGAAACUUGUUACUUGCUUACGAGAAUAGUGGCUUAAAACUUGGCGCUUUGAAGUCAGCAAAUGAAUCAUUAACUCGGAUGGUAGUUUAUAUUUCCCUUAUGGCGCUUUAUUGUCUUGGUGGAAGCAAAGUAAAAACGGGUGAGUUGUCUGUUGGUACCAUGACAUCCUUCAUUGGCUACACAUUUACGUUAACAUUUGCUGUUCAAGGGGCUGUUAACACAUUAGGUCAUCUUCGUGGAACCUUCGCUGCCAUUGAGCGGAUUAAUUCUGUUCUAUCUACGGCAGAAGUUGAUGAGCCGCUGGCUUAUGGUUUAGAGAAGGAACUUAAAUUAGAAUAUCUGAAAGAUGACAGGCCUUGGUUUAUUUAUAAAGAUGACUAUUCUUCUAAAAUCAAUGCCCAAAAUAAACAUUAUAUGUAUGAUCUGAGAUCAGUUACUAACGGGUGCAGUCUAGCUUGGUCUGGUGACAUUUGUCUUGAAGAUGUAUAUUUUUCUUAUCCUUUGCGAGCGGAUGUGGAAGUUCUGAAUGGCCUAAAUCUCAAAAUAAAAUGUGGAGAAGUAACAGCUCUUGUUGGCCCUAGUGGAUCUGGGAAAAGUACUAUUGUACAACUUUUGGCUCGUUUUUAUGAGCCAACCAAAGGUCGAAUAACAGUGGCAGGGGAAGAUGUUCGGACAUUUGAUAAAAGGGAAUGGGCUCGAGCUGUAUCGGUUGUCAAUCAGGAACCAGUGCUUUUCACUGUAUCGGUUGGAGAAAACAUUGCUUAUGGACUCCCUGACAAGGACGUCUCGAAAGAAGACAUAGUAAAGGCAGCCAAAGCUGCCAAUGCUCAUGAUUUCAUAAUUUCUCUCCCACAGGGCUAUGAUACACAAGUUGGUGAGCGUGGAGGCCUCCUUAGUGGUGGGCAGAGGCAGAGAAUAGCCAUAGCCCGUUCCCUUCUAAAAAAUGCUCCUAUUUUGAUACUGGAUGAGGCAACCAGUGCUCUUGAUGCAGUAAGCGAGCGACUGGUUCAGCAGGCUCUUGAUCACUUAAUGAAGGGAAGGACUUCAUUGGUGAUUGCUCAUAGAUUAAGCACCGUUCAAAAUGCUCACCAAAUUGCUGUUUGUUCGGAAGGUAAGAUUGCAGAGUUAGGCACCCACUCUGAGCUGGUGACUAAGGGGGGUGGCUAUGCAUCAUUAGUUGGUGCCCAAAGGCUUGCAUUUGAGUAAUUCUUCUCUCCCCUUUGUUCUUCUUCGUUUUAAAUAAAUAAAUUUAUUAUUAUUAUUAUUUUUUGUGGUGUGGGUCCCUCAUGCAUAGUGGAAAUGGCAUUUGAGCAGGGAUUUUUUUUUUUUUUAACUUGUACAGUAUAAAUAUGUAUAUUUCACGUUGGCCAAAAAAAGAAUCCAUGAGGUAUUGCACCA